UUCUUUUAAUCAUUACGUUUUUUCGAUAUCUUCUCUUGCCUCUUAUAGGCACAAUCCCCAAGUUCCAAACUGAAAAGGAAUAUUUAGAUUUAUAUUGUUUGAAAUGGCUUUCAUCUUGAAUAGACAAAUCAUUGGUGGGAUUGUGGCUGCAUUGUUGACAGGCUCAAUCCUAGUGGAAAUAUGCUUUGCACAGAAUGUUCCUGCUUUUUUUGUUUUCGGGGAUUCCUUGGUUGAUCCUGGAAAUAAUAACUACAUUCUAUCACUCGCCAAGGCUAAUUAUAUUCCUAACGGGAUUGAUUUUGGAAUGCCAACAGGCCGAUUCACAAAUGGAAGAACAAUUGUUGACAUUAUAGGUCAGGAAUUGGGUUUUAAAGACUUCCUGCCUCCUUACUUGGCUCCCACUACAGCAGGAACUGUGAUUCUGCGGGGUGUCAAUUAUGCUUCCGGUGGAGGUGGAAUUCUUAAUGACACUGGAAAGAUCUUUGGAGGUCGACUCAACUUUGACGCGCAGAUAGACAAUUUUGCAAACAGCAGGCAAGACAUAAUCUCAAGCAUUGGAGCAUCUGAAGCUUUAACAUUGUUUGGAAAAGCAGUUUUCUUUGCUACAAUAGGCUCAAAUGAUUUCCUUGAUAACUACCUGACACCUGUCAUCUCAGCCGUCAAGCAAAAGUUGGUCACCCCAAAUGUAUUUGUUGGUGCCAUGAUUUCAAGAUAUAGACUACAACUUAUGAGGCUUUACAAUUUGGGUGCUAGAAAGAUUAUUGUGGCAAAUGUUGGACCUAUAAGGUGUAUACCUUAUCAAAGGGAUAUCAAUCUUGCUACGGGGGACGAAUGUGUUAGUUUUUCAAAUCAGUUGGCUCAACUAUUCAACGCCGAGUUGAAAAGCCUUAUAACGGACCUCAGCACUAAUCUUCAGGGAUCAAAAUUUGUCUAUGCAGAUGGAUACAGCAUCACAGAAAAUAUCCUGAAAAACUACAUAUCCUAUGGUUUUGAGAAUGCCAAUUCCCCAUGCUGCUACCUUGCUGGUCGCUUUGGGGGUUUGACGCCCUGUGGUCCUCGCUCAAAAAUAUGUAAUGACAGAUCCAAGUAUGUGUUUUGGGAUCCAGCUCACCCUUCUGAAGCAACUAAUGUUCUCAUUGCAAGGCGUCUCAUGGAUGGUGACACCAAUGACAUUACACCUAUGAACAUUAGGCAACUUGCUCAAUUGUGAUCAAUGCCUAACAAUUGUAAUGAGAUGCGUUCAAAGAUUGAUUUGAGCAAAAGUUAGUAGAAGAUUUGUACUCUUAGGAUGACAAUAACAGGUGUAUUUGAUGUCAGUCAGAAUACACAGAGGUACCCCGAGAAUAGUGACAACGAAGCUUAUGGAAAACCAUAUAAUAAUUGAGGUGUGUUGUAUAAUGUGCUAGUUUUCUCACUAUCACAUUAUUCGUAGAGAUGAAUUGGAUGUAGUAAUGAAGGAACUUGUUUCAUUUUUAUGACUAAUGCU